CAGAUUGUUAAUGAGUGUAUAUAAUACUUCAAUAUAAAACAUUGUAUAGUAGUUCAGGGGAAAAAAACUAGACAGACGUUAUGGAUGGUGCCCAUGCGGAGUGACUGAAGACCACGUGACGUGACGCGUCAUUAACAUGGCGACCCAGUGCUGAGACAGCAACGUCUGUCGCUUCGAUACAAGCAGCGGCGACGUCGGCAAGCUUCAGGUAGCAAUUUGACACCUGCAGGAAAGCAGGACUUAGGCCGACAAUGACGGCCUGAAUCUCCGGAGCAAGAAAUGAAAGAGCAACAAGCUGACUUAAAUAAACGGCACACUGAGACAGAAAGCGCUACAACGAAGAGCAUGUUUGUGUCUCGGGCGCUGGAGAAAAUCCUGUCGGAUAAAGAGGUGAAGCGAAGCCAACACAGCCAGCUGCGCAAGGCCUGUCAGGUGGCUCUGGAGGAGAUCAAACUUGAGCUUGAAAACCAGAAGGAUGGUACCGUGGUCCCUCCCAAAGCUAAUUACAUCGAAGCCGACAAGUAUGUUUUACCCUUUGAGUUGGCAUGUCAAUCAAAGUCUCCACGCAUUGUCAGUACGUCGUUGGAUUGCUUACAGAAACUUAUUGCUUAUGGCCAUAUCACUGGCAAUGCCCCAGACAGCGGUGCACCAGGAAAGCGGCUGAUCGACCGACUGUUGGAGACUAUCUGCAACUGUUUUCAGGGUCCGCAGACCGAUGAAGGAGUGCAGCUCCAGAUUAUCAAAGCUCUCCUCACUGCAGUCACGUCUCCUCACAUAGAGAUUCAUGAAGGGACAAUUCUGCUGACUGUGCGCACUUGCUACAACAUCUACCUGGCCAGCCGUAACCUGAUCAACCAGACCACAGCCAAGGCCACACUAACUCAGAUGCUUAAUGUUAUUUUUACGCGCAUGGAGAGCCAAGCGGCUCUCGAAGCCCAGGAAGCAGAGAAAGAAAGGCAGCGGCUUCACGUCCCAAAUCCUGUCCAAACCUCACAAAACAAUUCGCCUACACCAAGAGUGUGUGCGUCCCCACAGAACGGCCCGCCAGAGCCGUGUAUGAGCCCUCCUGCACUCUCAUCCACACCCCCUACUCCUCAGAACACCUCCAUCAACGGACAGUCAGAGAGACCAUUAACGGAAGAGGAAGCGGCUGCACAAGUACAGAAUACAACCCAAACUUCUCAACAAGAACUGCAGGAGUCAGAUCCACUGGAACAGAGGGUUGGUGAGGGAGAGGAGGGUCGUUUGGUGGCUGAGAUGGAGCAAGUCUCAGAGGCUCAGGAGGAGGCAGAGCCAGACAGUGGCCUGGGAGAGAGCUCUGUGGAGGGAGGCUUGGACCAGCAUUCUGACUCUGAGUCCAAAGUGGCACUGCCUGUGACCAGGACAGACACUCAGCAAAUGAAUGGUGUUGUGGAUGACCAAACCUCUGUGUCCUCAGACAUUCUGGAGACUGAAGCACUUCAGAGUACACAGACAGCAGCCCGCUUCUCACACAUCCUACAGAAAGACGCUUUCCUGGUUUUCCGUUCCCUUUGCAAACUAUCCAUGAAGCCGCUGGCUGAUGGCCCACCAGACCCUAAGUCUCAUGAGCUUCGCUCUAAGGUGGUCUCGCUUCAGUUGCUGCUGUCAGUGCUCCAGGGGGCUGGUCCUGUGUUUCGCACACACGAGAUGUUUGUGAACGCUAUCAAGCAAUACUUGUGUGUGGCACUGUCUAAAAACGGAGUCUCAUCUGUGCCUGAGGUGUUUGAACUCUCCCUAGCCAUCUUCCUCACCCUGCUGUCCCACUUUAAAGUACACCUUAAGAUGCAGAUUGAGGUGUUUUUCAGAGAGAUUUUCCUGACUAUUCUAGAAACUACUACCAGCUCUUUUGAGCACAAGUGGAUGGUCAUCCAGACGCUGACUCGCAUUUGUGCAGAUGCCCAGUGUGUAGUGGAUAUCUACGUGAACUAUGACUGUGACCUAAAUGCGGCAAAUAUUUUUGAGCGGCUGGUGAAUGAUCUGUCAAAAAUUGCUCAAGGUCGGAGUGGGCAGGAGCUGGGAAUGACUCAGCUGCAGGAGCUGAGUUUACGCAAGAAAGGAUUAGAAUGCCUGGUGUCUAUUCUGAAAUGCAUGGUGGAGUGGAGCAAAGACCUGUAUGUCAACCCUAACCUGCAGGCCAAUCUAGGGCAGGAGCAUCAGGCUGAUGGAGAAGGAAUAGAAGCUAAACUCCCUGAACACUUGUCCUCUCGCCGAGACAGUGUCGGCUCUCAGGACUCAGCCGUGUCGUCCAGCGUUCAGGCUUCCCAGCCUGACCAUCCUGAACAGUAUGAGGUUAUCAAACAUCAGAAAGAGAUUAUUGAGCAUGGCAUUGAGCUAUUUAAUAAAAAGCCCAAGAGGGGUGUGCAAUACCUACAGGAACAAGGCAUGCUGGGAUCCUCUGCAGAGGACAUCGCUCAGUUUCUGCACCAGGAGGAGAGACUCGAUACAACUCAAGUUGGGGAGUUCCUUGGUGAGAACGCCAAGUUCAAUAAGGAGGUGAUGUACUGCUACGUAGACCAGCUUGACUUCUGUGGCAAGGAUUUUGUGUCGGCAUUGCGCACGUUCCUCGAAGGCUUCAGGUUGCCAGGAGAGGCACAGAAAAUCGAUCGGCUCAUGGAGAAGUUUGCAGCACGCUAUCUAGAGUGCAAUCAGGGGCAGACUCUGUUCGCUAGUGCUGACACGGCCUAUGUGCUCGCAUACUCCAUCAUUAUGUUAACCACCGAUCUGCACAGCCCACAAGUGAAGAGCAAAAUGACAAAAGAACAGUACAUUAAAAUGAACCGUGGCAUUAAUGACAGUAAGGAUCUGCCUGAGGAGUACCUUUCUUCUAUUUAUGAUGAAAUAGCAGGAAAGAAGAUUGCCAUGAAGGAGAGUAAAGAGUACUCCAUCACCCCAAAGUCUAACAAGCAGGCAGGUGUAUCUAGUGAGAAACAGAGACGGCUGCUGUAUAAUGUGGAAAUGGAGCAGAUGGCUAAGACAGCUAAAGCCCUGAUGGAAGCUGUGAGCCACGCUCAGGCUCCUUUCUUCAGUGCCACCCACCUAGAGCAUGUCCGCCCAAUGUUUAAGUUGGCAUGGACACCCCUGUUGGCAGCGUUCAGUGUGGGCCUGCAGGACUGUGAUGACCAGGAGGUGGCGUCUCAGUGUCUGGAGGGAAUCCGCUGUGCUAUCAGGAUUGCCUGCAUUUUCAGCAUGCAGCUGGAGCGUGAUGCAUAUAUUCAGGCCUUGGCCAGGUUUACACUGCUCACUGCUAGCUCCAGCAUUACAGAAAUGAAGCAGAAGAACAUUGACACCAUUAAGACCCUCAUCACUGUAGCACACACUGACGGGAACUACUUGGGCAAUUCUUGGCAUGAGAUUCUGCAGUGUAUCAGUCAGUUAGAACUGGCUCAGCUGAUUGGCACAGGAGUAAAGACGCGCUAUAUCUCCGGUGUUGUCCGAGACCAGGGAGGAAGCAUUAAGGGCUUUCCCACAGGUGGAGAAGAGUUUAUGCCUCUUGGUUUAGGCACACUGGUUGGAGGUCCAGACAGACGUCAGAUGGCUCACAUUCAGGAGUCAGUGGGGGAAACCAGCUCCCAGAGUGUAGUGGUAGCAGUGGACCGAAUUUUCACAGGAUCCACCAGGCUUGAUGGAAAUGCAAUUGUUGACUUUGUGCGCUGGCUAUGUGCGGUGUCAAUGGAUGAAUUGGCUUCUGCUCACCAACCACGCAUGUUCAGCCUGCAAAAGAUUGUGGAGAUCUCCUACUAUAACAUGAACCGCAUCCGACUGCAGUGGUCCCGCAUUUGGCAGGUCAUAGGAGACCACUUCAACAAGGUGGGCUGCAACCCUAACGAGGAUGUGGCCAUCUUUGCUGUUGACUCUCUGAGACAACUUUCCAUGAAGUUUUUGGAGAAAGGGGAGCUGGCCAACUUCCGCUUCCAGAAGGACUUCCUUAGGCCGUUUGAGCACAUUAUGAAGAAGAACAGAUCUCCGACAAUCCGGGACAUGGUGAUCCGCUGUGUAGCUCAGAUGGUGAACUCACAGGCAGCGAACAUUCGCUCAGGAUGGAAGAACAUCUUCUCUGUGUUCCACCAGGCAGCAUCAGACCACGAUGAGUCCAUAGUGGAGCUUGCCUUCCAAACCACAGGACACAUUGUCAUGAAAACGUUUCAGCAGCACUUUGCAGCAGCCAUUGACUCGUUCCAGGAUGCGGUAAAGUGUCUGUCUGAGUUUGUAUGCAAUGCUGCGUUCCCUGACACUAGCAUGGAAGCCAUCCGGCUCAUUCGACACUGUGCCAAAUAUGUGUCUGACAGACCACAGGUACUGAGAGAGUACACUAGUGAUGACAUGAACGUUGCUCCUGGUGACCGGGUGUGGGUGCGAGGCUGGUUCCCUAUCCUGUUCGAGCUCUCCUGUAUCAUCAACCGCUGCAAGCUAGACAUCAGGACCAGAGGGCUGACUGUGAUGUUUGAGAUUAUGAAGAGUUAUGGACACACUUUUGAGAAACACUGGUGGCACGACCUGUUCCGCAUCGUCUUCCGCAUCUUUGACAACAUGAAACUUCCAGAACAGCAGACUGAGAAAACCGAAUGGAUGACCACUACAUGUAACCAUGCACUCUAUGCUAUUUGUGACGUCUUCACGGAGUUCUACGAGCCGCUCAGCGAGGUGUUGCUGGUCGAUGUUUUUGCUCAGCUGCAGUGGUGUGUCAGACAAGAUAAUGAGCAGCUAGCACGUUCAGGCACCAACUGCUUGGAAAACUUGGUUAUCCAGAAUGGAGAGAAGUUCAGUGGGGAAGUUUGGGAUAUCACCUGUACUUGCAUGCUGGAAAUCUUCCAGUCUACCAGCCCUCAUGCCUUGUUGACAUGGAGACCAGCUGGGCAGGAAGAGGAGGUGGGAGAUGGGAAACACAUGGAUGUGGAAAUGGACUCUCAGUCUCAGAGCAGCUUUGAGAGGACACUGUCAGAGAGAGGACAGAGUCAGAUGUCCACAGCUAGUGAUGAGGCCUGGAGGGGAAAGCCCCAUGCACGAAUCAUGAACAUGCUUCACCGUGUACACAUGGACGCUAAGACACGAGUACUGAAUAAAGGAAUGUUCAGUAAUAAAGGAGGAGUUUCGGACCAGAGGCUGUUUGCAGGGCUCCUCAUCAAGUGUGUGGUGCAGCUGGAGCUCAUUCAGACCAUAGAUAACAUUGUCUUCUACCCAGCCACCAGCAAAAAGGAAGACGCUGAGAACAUGGCUGCUGCUCUGAGAGAUUCUCUGGAGGAGAACGAGGUGGGUGAACCAAAGGGUGAGUCAGAGCAAGGCAUGUAUGGGCAUCUUUCUCCUCAGCACCUCUUCAAGCUGCUCGACUGCCUACUUGAGUCACACAGCUUCGCUAAAACCUUCAACUCCAACAACGAGCAGAGGACAGCGCUCUGGAGGGCAGGAUUCAAGGGAAAGUCCAAACCUAACCUACUGAAGCAGGAGACGAGCAGCUUGGCCUGCAGUUUGAGGAUACUGUUCCAAAUGUAUUCGGACAAGCAAUUGCAGGGCGCAUGGCACGACAUCCAGACUCGACUGCUACUUGUGUGCAGUGAAGCCUUGGCCUACUUUAUCAGCCUAACCUCAGAGAGUCACCGAGAGGCCUGGACCAGCUUACUGCUGCUCCUACUCACAAGAACACUCAGGCUCCCUGAUGACAAGUUCAAGCCACAUGCCUCAUGUUACUACCCCCACCUAUGUGAGAUGAUGCAAUUUGACCUUAUCCCUGAGCUGCGUGCUGUCCUGCGUCGUUUCUUCCUCCGCAUCGGUUCAGUCUUCCACAUCGCCACCCCAGAGAUGGCACACACACGAGCCACCGACUCAUAGGCCUCUGCAUGACGUGUGUGUGUGUGUGUGUGUGUCUGUGUGUGUGUGUACUAUGGGAUGAGGAGGCAGGAAGUGAUUUAAAAACCUUAAGUGUUCCAUAUCCCUCCUCGGGUGUGAAGAACCAUGCAGGAUCUGGGUUCUGUGUGUGUAAAACUUACUCGCCGUGUCUGGAUCUCAUGACCUUUUCACCCUUCUGCUCCUUUUGAAGAGAGAACAGCACUGUGAGCCAGCAGAGCUUUUUCUCUAUGCUGACUGUUGAAGAUACUGUGCAGCUCAGUCAAAUCAUAUCAUUUAUACCACAACAGAGGGGGCAGUAUGACAAAAAUAAUUAAUUUAUUAACCAUAUGGUUAUCUAUCCUGUUCCUGAUUGUUACUUGUUGAUUUUUGUUUUGUUUUUUUAUAUAUAUUUUUUGUUGAUCUCUAUCAUUUUUGUCACUAUGUCAACAAACAGCAAUGUCCCAAAGUACAGAGCUGGAAGAGCAAGAGCUAAAUUUACCAUUUACACAUUUGGUACAUGAAGCAAGAUUAUGCCUCUCUCUGAUAAACGAUUUACUAAAUCCUCAGUCAGGAUUCAUAGCAAGAGAUAGAAUGUUUGGGCAGUGAAUGUAUACCUGCUGUGUUAAUAAUCUCUUUUGGUAUAAUUUGAUCAUUUCUAUUAGGAGCAUUAAUGACCAGCAGUGCAAAUGACACACUCCUGCUGGUUUCUCCAAUCAUACUGCAUUCAUAUAACACAGAAGUGAAACAUAACUUUUGAAUUCCAGCUUUAGGUCUUGUGUGUGCCAGGUUACCAGUGAGAAUUUUGAAAAUGGAGAUGAUUAUCUCCUCUUCUGAUGAGCAUUUUAAUAAGAAUACAGAUUAACGGUUAAAUUGAGUUGACUUAAUAUUGGCCAGGGACAGUAGAGCUGCUCACAUUUCUUUUUGAUUUCAUCAUAUGUUCUGUUCAUUCCAUUAACUCGGUAAUACACACUACACACCACCAUAAACGUGCAAACAAACUCUUUGGCUGGGAAAAUGUUAAGAAAAUGCCUGGUCCAUUUGCCUAUAUUUAAGGAAACUUGUAGGUUGCCUUUCUGUUUUUCCUACUAGGUGGAAAGUCCCUGCUUAGUGGACGGAUUCAUCGUCUUUCCAGAUCCAUCGUCAGCUGAGCUUUUCCCCCCAGUAUUCAGUGUGAUCAAGUCAGCUUGCUUCAUUAUCUUGCAGUGUUGCCAUGAACAACACCAAGCAAAUGAUUAAAAAAAGGUUACAUCUACUGUAUAAUGCAGAUUUGUUUAUACUUGAGUAUAACAGUAUAAAGCCUCUGUAGUAACAGAGCGUAUGAAGCUUGGGAUUCGAUUUUAUGCGGAUGUAUUUAAUUCUUUGAAGUGCAUUUAAAUAUUUUCUGAAAGCAUUCCUUCCCUUGCAACUAUAUGUCUACUUUGCGCCCCUGAUGUACGGGGAAUAUAAAUAUAUACAGUAAGAAAAAAUAUGAAGUGUAAAGUUUUCAUGUAAAAUAAAGAAUUAAAUGCA